UUUAUGGAAGAUUUUGCAAAUUAUCAUAAAGAGCAAACGAAUAUUGUUUAUCAAGAAAUCAAACACGUCCAAAAUAAAAUUGAAAGUAAUUCUGAUGAUUCAAUUGAUGUACGAGAAAUUGAGUCACAUUUAAUAAAAGAACCGCCACACGGUAGUCUUAACGAUCGUCGUGGAAAAUCGAAACAUAUCUUUAGAAUGAUUUAUAGAGAUGCCAUCGAUGUAGCUUGUAAACCAAUUAGUCGAAAAAUUAAGAGUGAAGAAGUAAGACGAUUACAUGGUAAACUGGAAAUCCAAAGAAAAUUAUUAGAUUGUCCAAAUAUUUUAAAAUUUUAUGGUCUUUCUAUGCAAGAAACAAAUAAAGUUAUGGUCUUUGAGUGGGCUGAAAAAGGAAGUUUAAAAGAAUUAUAUGAACGUAAAGAUGAGAAACUUACCUGGCCAUUAAAAGCUCAAAUUGUCUUUGGCAUUUGUAAAGGAAUAACUUAUUUAAAUUCUGUUGGUGUUUUUCAUCAUGAUAUUCGAUGCCAAAAUGUGAUGAUGACAGCCAAUGAUGAACCAAAACUUACAAAUUUUAAAUAUGCAAGAAAAAGAAAUUCCGCAAAUUCUGAAAAAAUUAGUGAUGAAAUUAUAGAUAUAAUCCAUUGGUUAGCGCCAGAGAAAAUGCACGAACAACUAAGGACAGAGGAUUACAAACCAUACACACAAAGAUGUGAAAUUUAUAGUUUUGGGAUGCUCAUAUGGGAGAUAGCUUUUGAAAAGGUUCCUUACGAAAAAAUGGAUAUGAGUCAAAUAGUAAAACACAACACAAAUGGUAAUAGAGAAAGUUUUGAUGACUUUGAUAUUGAUCCAAACAACAAUAUUAAUGAAAAUUAUAUAUUUGUACCACAUAUUUGC